AAUGUUCUUCGGGUUGUAAAUAAUAGGGUUGUUUUGACUAUCUUAGGCUCAGUUGUGGCACAAACCUCACCCGAUGCUUCAUCUGUUAGAUCUGUGCCCUCAACAAGCAUUCAAAAGAAACUAGAUGUUCCAGCCACGCAAGCUACCAGUAUUUCAUCACGCGAUGAUUCUGAUGACGAUGAUCUUGAUGGAGACGCAGAUAAUGGAGAUCCUACUGAUGUUAAGCGUGCUAGGAGGAUGCUCUCAAACCGAGAAUCAGCAAGGCGGUCCAGGAGAAGAAAGCAAGAACAAAUGAAUGAAUUUGAUACGCAGGCAGGGCAAUUAAGAGGUGAGCAUUCAACUUUACUUAGUCGUCUUAGUGACAUGAAUCAUAAGUGUGAUGCAGCUGCUGUCGACAACAGAAUUCUAAGAGCUGAUAUCGAAACCUUGAGAACAAAGGUUAAGAUGGUAGAAGAAACGGUGAAAAGAGUAACAGGAGUGAACCCUUUGCAUUGGGCAAGACCAAACAUGGGAACACCAUUGAACAACACACCAAGCGAUUCCUCUAGAAUCCUACCGAACUCUAACCACGUGUUGGAACCGGCAAUCCCAAGUACUACUAAUGCCGGUUUGGCAUCAAACCAGAGAGUGGAGAGAGCGAAUCUCUUGCCUGAACAGGUGAACCGUGAAGGCAUGCAGAAUCAGUUUGCUACUAAUCCGAAUCUGUAUGAAACCCUGCUCCAUUGGAACCACAAGCAUUAAGUCAUUGGUUUUGUGAUUUUUGAAAAACUCUUUUAUCUUCCUAUUUUUAUUUGUAAUACACUGAGCGACUUCUAGGUACGUUGGUACUGUAACGGUAACUAGAUUUUGAAAGCGCGGUAUUUGUUCCUUUUAUUAUUAUUUUAAAUAUUUGUUAUGUUAUAAAUUAAUUAUUUUUUAUAUAAGAAAAAUUAAUCUUAUUUAUAAUUGUGUUGUUUGUACAUUCAUAUGUGUUAGACAUAAAUACAUAAUAUAAAAAGUUGCAUAUUUAUACUCAUAGAAAUUAGUUUUUAAGAGUUUAAUAUUAUAAAUUUUAUUAUGUAGUAACUUUUACAUAAUUUAUUUGUUAUUAAAAAAUUAUUAUAUUUUUAAAAAAUCCCUAAAUCUAAUAUGCAAUCCUUAAUCAUACAAAAGCUGCUAUCAAUUGAGAUUAUGGAAUGAUGCCAAAAAAAAAAUUGAUAUUAUGGAAUAGCUGACGUGAAUAUAUGAU